UGUCGUCCAGUGAUAACUGGGGGGACCGUAUGUACAUACCUGUGUGCACCAUCAGCUGUUUUAUUCCAAACUGAGCUGUUCUCCCACUGACCUGCACUGACCCUUAUUUACGUAGUGGUCCUAACCUCAAAAUUCCCUUCCUCGUCGCUCGAGAGCCAACAACGUCAAUUAUAAAGAGGGAGGAGAACUGGUGAUUUUAAUAUAAAUUGAUAAGCAGAUAGUGAUUGCAGAUAAAUAUGAGCGAUGCAGAACUCCAGGAGGAGGAGCGAGAGGUACUUUUAUCGAUCUACGAGGGGGACAAUGCCUUUAAGCAGUUGACAUCGACGACCUACCAGUACAAGUUCGGCGAUGACAAUGACCCCCGUUCGUUUCUGGUUGAGAUCACUUGGAACGAGAACUACCCGACGGAGAGGCCGACUGUUAAUAUGGAAACAUUUUACAAUAAACACAUUAUCCCAAGUGUCAAAUCCAAAAUAUUAUCUCAUAUCAAUGCCGAAGCAGAGCAGUGGUUAGGAUGUGCCAUGACGUAUACCCUCUUCCAAUCAGUCCAAGAGCAUUUAAGUGAAUUAAUAGAGGAUCAGCCCGAGUCUAUCGUUGAUAUCAGUGCUCAAGCUGCAAAAAUCGCCAUUGGAAACGAUGCUGCCGAGCAGGACGAAGUAUCGAAAAAGCCUGCGAAGAAGGAGCAACUGACCAAAGCCCAGAAGCGAAGACAGUGGAACCGAGUCGAUGGCAAGGGGGACAAACCCCGAGGAUGGGACUGGGUAGAUAUUGUUAAGCAUUUGUCUCAAACGGGUUCGAAACCAGAACCAGAGGCUUAACAUAACACUAAAUAAAUUAAGCAAUUGUUUUUGGAACGGUCGUAUAAAAUUUAUUUCUCGUAUUUUCGAUAACAAAAUGUACAGAUGAGUGAAAAUGGGACAGAAUAUAUUGUUACGAAUUGCCAAGUUUUUCAGUUCCACUG